UAAAUAAAAGAGAAACAUGUGCUCUUUGAGGAAGCCGCGGUCGUAGCCGUUGCGGAUCUGUAGUCCGCAGGCUCCCGCUGCGGACUCACCGCUGUUCGCUCUUGCCGAGGAACAAGUCGGUCAGGAAGCCGCGCAGCAGCCAUGGCUUUUAAGGAUACCGGAAAAACACGCGUGGAGCCGCAGGUGGCGAUUCACCGGAUUCGAAUCACUCUAACCAGCCGCAGCGUGAAGUCGCUGGAGAAGGUGUGUGCUGACUUGAUCAGAGGAGCAAAGGAAAAGAAUCUGAAAGUGAAAGGACCGGCUCGAAUGCCGACGAAGACUUUGAGAAUCGCUACAAGAAAAGCACCUUGUGGUGAAGGCUCUAAAACAUGGGAUCGUUUCCGGAUGAGCAUCCGCAGCCCUUCUGAGACUGUUCAGCAGAUGGCUUCCUUCAGUACUGAGCCAGGAGUUGGGGUGGAAGUUACCGCUGCAGAUGCCUGAGUCAGUUACUUUAAUGAAUCGAUUACCAGUUGUUUAAAAAAAAAAAAAAAAAAAGAGAGAGAAACAUGUAUCCGGAUAAUAAGUAAUGAGGUUCUCAUGGUGAUAAAGAUGAAUUUAAAA